CAGGAGUGGUAUCAUAUUUUUGUAUCAUUUACACCAGGGAAGGUAACGGAGAGGUACUGCGAAGGAAUAUGAGACAUUCUCCAUUACACUGUUUGAGUUUUGGACUUGUUACGUGUUUUAUUUUAGAACGUCAGACGAUUGCAACAUGUUCCCGUUAACUGGCGAGCUAGCUAACUUACCUUUUUGUUUUCUUAAAAACUACUGUUUACCAUAGUUACGAUAUGUCUGUUUAAAACGAUAGCCAGUCUAUAUUAAAUCAAAAUAGGCUUGAUUGUCAUUUUUGGUAAAGAAGGAAACCCUGCGGUCAAGUAUGUUAAACAAAUAUACCACAGUGCCUAAAUGUCAAAUUUGGAUAAAAGCGAAUAUGUGCAACUAGCUCCGACAUUGGCGCCCGUAAACCACUGCACCGACGACGCGUUCGGGGUAUUCAUCAAGCAUGCUGUGGUAAACCACGAGAGUGGAAUAACGACUGUGAGUAUUGGUGUACUAUUGUCAACGCGUUUGACCGAGGAACGUCAAAACACAAAAUUUUGUUCUCGAAGAAGUUAUUUAUACGAAGAAUUUCUUUGGGACAGACAAAGCUACGACCCAUUUCUGGAAUACAUUACAUCGGACUGCAUCGAAUCGCACAUUUGGCAAGAGCAGUUUUAUGCUCUAAUUAAGGAGUUGCCUGGCUUUCUCCUUAGGGUCUACCAACGACUUGGAUUGAACUGUAUCAAGGACUUUGUUAAUUGGGGGAUUCAACAAGAGAGAGACCAUCCUCCCCCAAAACGAGAUGAAGAUGCAAAGCCACAGAACGUCCCUUUCCCCUCACAGCCAGACGAAGGCAUAUUUAAAUCCCAAAGUCUGAACAGAUUUCCAGAGACGCCCACAAUAAUGCUUUUUGGAAUUAUACCACAGGAGUUACACAGACAGCUCCUGGACCUCAAGAACUAUCAGAGCAGGACAAAUGGCGUGGAGGAACUGAAAAACAUCCUUACUGAAUUCGAUUUGAAGCCAGUGCCCCCGGACAGCAUAGUCGAUUUCAUCAGUUUCCUGCGGACACUGCUGGAUGACUGCAACUUCAAGGUCCUGUAUGGCACUUUACAAGUAAUCAACCUGCUCGUUGAGAAACUGGAUAGCAAUGUGGAAAAAUACCUGAAGCAGAUUGUAAAUACGACCCUCAAAACUUUGGGGGAUACCCACACCAUCUCCAGGAACGAGUACAUGAACGUGUUCAGGCAGUUGAUGAGGAUUCUGGGACCACAAAAAGUAUUGGACCUUGUGAUGGGGCACCUAAAGCACAAAAAUUCCCGUGUCCGAGAGGAUGUCAUCCACAUCAUCACUGCUGCCAUGCUCACACAUCCCAGGAAAGACUUCAACAUCCCCAGCCUCUGCUUCGAAGUGGCGCCUUGUUUAGCAGACAGAAAGAAGAGAGUCCGCCAUGCCGCCCUGGAACUUUUUGCUGUGUUUGACCACUGCCUGGACAACGGCAAAAAACAGCCCCUUAUGAGAGCUGUCGAUAAGGUUGAGCUAAGCGGUGACGUUGAAGGGCUCAUGGCAGCUGUUCAGGCCAGGAGAGCCAGGCACGUUCUUCCCAGACUGUCUUCAGAGGGAAUGGUGGAAUAUGCCUUAGUUAUCCCAAAACCUGGCCAGAGACCGUUGUCUCAGUUUGGCUCAGGUGCUGACCUCGAGUGGAUCCAGUGUGGGGGACGUGUUGACAGUGCUAGGAGCAGCCGGACCGAUCCGGGCACUGACAGCCGCUUGUAUGGCUACGGCAGCCUUGGAUCCCUCACUGACAAUAUUCCUCUGCACAGGCGAAUUCUUAGCGCUGGGAAGAACAAGCUCCCAUGGGAAAAGUCGAGGCUUCCUGCCACAGGGAAACCCCUGCCUCCCAGGCCUACCAACAGCCAUUCAUGUGAACAGAUCUCCAGCGAGGACUCCCUGUCCCCUCCCACGGAGCUGAGCCGAGAAGCGUACGUUGCGGACUUCGGCUUUUCAGAGCCCCACCAGCCCAGGAUUGUGGGCAGGAAAGAGCCGCCCUCGCAUGGGGUGUCGCGGAAGAGUGGCGUGGAAACGGACCGUCAGCCCCGGGAGCCUCCCAGCCCCUCAGACAGCGAGCGAGCCUUUCCGAAAGCAGGCCGCUCCCUCCGCCGACCCUCCAGCACGGAGAGGACCCUCUCCCUACCCUCCAGUGCCACAGCUCCCGGCAGCCUCGCCCUGCCCUCCAACUCCACAUCCCCCGGGAAAUUUCUCCUGCCCUCGUACCCCCUGGCCAAGUUGCCAGGCAGUCCCCGGACCCCGAGGCUCUCCCACCGCCACGCGGAUUCCUCGCUGUCUUUCUCCAGCACCUGGCCCAACAAGAGAGAGGGCAGCCCUCACCGCAGAGACCCCAGCCCCUGGAGGGACAUUCAAGGUGACGCCAUGAGCGAUCGCUGUUCCCCGCUCCCCCUGCGGGCCUCGCUGGUGCGCUCCUCCUCCACCUCCUCCUGCCGCCAGGCCCUGAACGGCUCCAGGCCCGUGCCCCCCAUUCCGCAAGGCUCUCCGGACCCCCAAACGCGGGACCAGCGGUUCCUGGAGGGCCAGAUGCGAGACCAGCUGACUGAUGGGAAGAUGCAGCUGGACCUGACCCAGCUGAGCGGGCUGGAGCAGGAGGAAGAGCCUGUGGACCAUGAGGAGAUGAUGAACUCUCUGCGCUCCUUGCGCAACAGCGCUGCUAAGAAGCGGGCCAAGGUGAGCCUGAGCGGGUCAGACCCGGACCCGGACAGCCCCGACUCGGCCGUGAAGCUAGAGCUGGCGCUGGACUCCCCGUCCCAAACGUCCCCCUCCAUCACCAGCCCGCUGAGCGAGAGCGGGCUCUCCAGCCUGUACUCGCCACCCAACUCCACCCUCAACGGCACAAAGGCCAGUUGUGGAAACUUUUCCUCUCCAGCAGCUAAGCCUCGGGCCACCAGAGUCUCCUCUGGCAAGAAGCCUGCUGCCUCGAUGGACAGCAACUCCCUUCAAGACAAAGCCACCACGGAUGUGAGCGUUGUCGGGCAGCGAGUCACCUACUCCAACGGGCAAAUCGAUCCUGAGGCGGACCGCAUGAGAGAUCUGUCCCCUCCCCCGGCCAGAGCUACAGGGCGGGAGCCGGUCAGGGCAGUGAGACCCACCAGGGGAUCGCAGGCCAGUAGCAGCAGUAGACUUUCACCAGCCAGUGGCAUGUCGGAAGGGGUCAUCGGUAAAGGAGUUUUUGGCUCCUCCACCCCCCUUUCCGGCUCCCCGGUGGUGUCCACGGCUCAGGACCAUAGCGACGCCGCGUCCAGGACCUCCAGCGAGCUCCCGGAGGGCGUCUACGGCCACGCGGUCCACUCCAGCCACCACGACGCCAACGACAGCCCGGACGCCGAGGAGCCCGGGGAGAAGGUGAAGCUGUCCAAGUCUGCCAGAGACAAGAUGCGGCAGCGCCGUCUGGAGCAGCAGGAGGUGGACGAGCAGGCGGAGCUCCACGGGGUGGAGAGCGCGCGCAUGCGAGGCCUGCGGCAGACGAUGUCCGAGUCCAGCAUCGACGAGCUGGGCACGCUCAGAGACUGGCAGCUGAACGGGAGCGAGGUGGCGAGGCCACCGGCCGGUUCCCCCCCGGAGGAUUCACAGUCCAGCUCCACUAGCCCCCACGGCACCCUGAGCCCCAUCAAGUCCUUCAGCCCCCACCACCAACCCAGCCCCCCAACCCUGCCCCCUCAGUCCAAAACCACGCUGCGGCGUGUGAGGAGAGCCCCCAGCCUGAACAAGACCCGGCCAUCGUUCUCCAACAGCUCAGACGAGUUGUUCUCAGGCCAGAGAAAGGACGACCAGGAACAGCCAGAGUUGCGGCCCUUCUCCAACCCCGAGCUAGCGCUGACCCAGGCCUUCAUACUGCUGAGCUCUAAUGACUGGGAGAAGAAGAUCGAGGGAUUGACCUUUUUGGGCUGCCUGGCGCAGUACCACUCUGCCGUGCUCAGCGCAAGGCUUCCAGAUGUCUGCCGGGCCCUCAUCCCAGAGGUUAUGAACUUGCGCUCAGGGGUCUCUCGGGUGGCCGUGGCGACUCUGGGGAGCCUGUACACUCACCUCCAGAGGGGCAUGGAUCAGGAACUGGAGGGGACGGCCACAGCGCUGCUGCAUAAAUUCGGCGUGUCCAACACCUUCAUACGGCAGGACGUGGACGCUGCCCUCAACAGCAUGGUGCAGAACUGCACACCCAUCCGCGUCAUGAAUGCCCUGCUCACCGGUGGCGUCAGGCACCUGAAUUCCAUGGUGAGGAAGUGUACAGCCCAACACCUGGCCGACCUGGUGGAAAAGAUUGGUGCUGGCCGACUGCUGUCUGGCACCAUGGACGUCACUGACCGUAUCCUGCCUGCCAUCGCCCGUCUAGCACAGGACUCCUCCCAGGAAGCCAGAUACUAUGGACGUCAGAUGCUGCUGUUUUUGGCAUCCCACCAGGAUUUUGACAAAAUGGUGAAGAAGUACAUCCCAGCCAAAGACCUUCCGACCCUUCGAGACCUGGUGUUCACUCUCAAGACAAAGGGAUUGGGCGAAAUGCCUCAGGACACCCCCUCGGCACGGGGCCGACGGUCUCUCCCUGGCAGUGGGACGACCCGAGCCUCAUCUCUUCCCCGGGAGCCCCUCAGCCUUGUCAACAGAGUGUCUGGCGAGUACAACUACAGAGCUCACACCAUCGCAGAGAGGACAGAAUAUAUCAAGCAGAUGAAGGUGCAGAUGGGCUCCAAGGACUUUCGGGAGCGUAUCAAAGCCAUUGACCAGGUGGCUGCUGAGUGCAAGAACAACCCGGACAUGAUCGUUGCCAGCAUGUUUCCGGUUUUUGAUGCUGUGAAAGCAAGACUCCAAGAGUCCAACAGUAAAGUUAACCUGCAUGCUCUGGAGGCCCUACAGAGGAUCAUCCCCGCACUAAAGGAGAGCUUAGCCCAGGUGGUAAACAUCUUGGUUCCAGCCAUAGUGGACAACCACCUCAACUCAAAGAACAAUGCCAUCUACAGUGCUGCUGUUAGUGCCCUGGAAACCCUCAUGCAGAACUUAGAUAAUGCCCUACUGCUUCAGAUUUUUGUCACAAAGGCUCAGCUCCUCAGUGGAAGGGCCAAGGUGAACCUCGUAGAUAAGGUUGCAGAACUGGUGACAGAGGUGUACCCUCACAAGCCUCAGGCGGUGGAGCAGAAGGUGCUGCCCUUGCUAUGGCACCUUCUGAGUACCUCCAGCAACAGCGGCACGAUCCUUGGCAGAGGCGGUAGUGUGCGGGGGGCUACUGCCACCUUAUGCCAGGCCCUGCACGACCAAAUGGGGCCCAGGCUCAUGGAGUGUGCUGCCUCCCAGUCCCACAGUGUCACCAAGAGUCUCAACCAGCUGGUGAAGACUUCACCUCCCCUGAUCGCAUGUUCAGAAAGACACUAACAAUCCCAAAACACAAAGGAAAAAAACCCCCACUGAUCUUACUUGAAGACAGAGAAUGCUACAUUUCUCAUAGUGCCUGCACUUUGUUUUGUUAUUACCUAUACAGAGAAUGACUGCAGAUAAGACUUUGCCCUGUAGUUAACAACUGUCAGAAAGGUAUCCGGAUUUCAAGCCCCCCUAUCGACCUGCUCUUUUUGCACUUUUUGGAAAGUGGUACAUUGUGUUAAUGAUUGUUUCUAAAAUUAUCAUUAUUAAUAUGUUGUAAUAUGCUCGUUCAUGUUGUUGUUUGGAACCCACAAAUAUGAUUUUACCAGAAACACCACCACAGAAUGUACUAUUUUAAUGCACAAAUACGUAAGGAGAUAAGGGAUGUAUAUUUUUGCUAUUGUCUUUUUCAUGUUAUGUUGUGAUGUAUCCAAGAUGUGUCUUAUACAGUUUUUUUUUUCCAAGUGAGUCUAAAUUUGUGAUGAGAACAAAUGACUAUUGUAAUAGUUAAGACUUGUAUUUGCACAGUAUUAGCUUAAUCCUUAUGCUGUUAUGUUGCAGUAUAUCUUUAAUCUUUAUUUCAAGUCCUAUAUAUAAAGAGGUAUUCUAAGUUGGAACUGUCUUACAGUUUUUGCAUGACCAAAUUCAUUGACAGGGAACAUAAAAUAUGAAUAUUUUUAUUAUGAUAUAUUUUAAUGUACACAGAUGCCUAAAUCAAAUUAUGGAUGUUAAACCAUUUUAAUAAUGGUGGUGGAAUAGAGAGAAAUUAAGCUUUAAACCAGCAGUUUAUACAGAAAGAUUUAAACCCAUAUCUGUUAUUCUCAAUAUAGUGCCAGUCCUGAGAUCGUCUUUCAUAGAAUUUCCACUGCUAAAUUGUACUGUACUAGUUUCUAAAUGGGAAGAGAGAUGUUAUAUAUAUAUAAUAAAUUGUUUUAUUUCUGUA